ACCGCAACGUGGAACGCCUGUUGGUGGUGAAGAGGCUAUGGAUACGUCAACAGCGAAUGAUUCUUUGAAACAAGAAAUCGAACGAUUAAAGAAACAGAAAUCUGAGCUGGAGUUGAAACUCCAGAAAUGGCGGGAUUAUGAACAUGUGUUCCCAGCAGAUGAAAAUGGUAACGGAAAUGAAGACACUGAAGCGAUUAUUAAUCUCAGGAAAGAAUUGUUGUUUCAUAAGAACCAUUCGAUUGAAAUUGAAGUAAAGAAUCAUGUUUUAGAAGCAGAAGUACAAACACUAAAGAAACUCAGUGAAAUCGUUGCUAGUGGACCGAAAGGCAAAGGAAAAGCGACCGAGAAUAAACUACGUGCUCAGUUGUCCGUAAUGCGCACAGAGGUGGAUAACAUGCGUCUACAGGUGGGUCAAUUGCAAGUUGAAAACGAGCGCCUGACGGAGAAACAACUGGGCAUCUCUCCUUCCACGGACGACGACGACGAUGUUGAGAUGAAUACAUGCCCACCGGCCGCCUGUAGUGAGUUACUUAAACUACAAGAAAAUGUCACUGAACUCGAGGAACAAUUAGAUGAACUACAACUCAUCGUAAGAAGCAGAGAGAUGAAUGAGGAGAAGUACGAGAUAGAAGUUCAGAAGGUAAAGGAGGACAUGACUAAAUCCAAUAUGGUGGCUGCUUCGAAAGAGUCGGAUCUUCAUGAAAGAAUACGACAACUGACCUCAGACAACGAAGAUCUGAAGCUACAGGUAGACUUGCAGAAGUCACAGAUUGCUGUCAAUAACGCACAUAUAGAGAAAUUGAAGCAUUCGUCGUCUGGUCAUUCAGAAUCCGCGCCAGAUGAUGUUUUUACUGACAAAUCACAUUCAUUAGAAGUCAAACUGAACUUUGAGCGGUGUCUCAAAGAAAGGAUAUCACAUCUAGAGAAACAAUUGCAAGAGGAGAGAAAGCGAACUCGUUCAUCUUUGGAUAGCAAACCGGAUGUUGUAGGCGAGACGAACGGUGCUGUCGAUCAAGAGGACGAUAGAAGCCCCGGCGGCAGAGACCGAGAGAGGGAGUUGUUGAAAUUUGAGCUAAAUGAGAGUAGCAUGUUGUUGGAAGACAUGAGAAAAGAACUUGAGGACGAGCGAGAGCGUCGUAAAUUGGAGAGGGCAGAAUUUGAGAAGAAGCUAGCCGAGUAUUUCAAGCAGAGUUUUAUAUCACAGGCGGCGGAAGAUAAGAAGCGAAUAGAGAGGAAAUAUAUAUUUGAGAAGGAAAGUGUAGAAUUACAGAGGAAAAUGGAGGGUUUCAAUUGGAAGAAAGAAAAAACAGAUUUGCUAAGAAGAAUGGAAGAAUUCAAAAAGAAAGCAAUAGCACUACAAGAAAAGUUAAACAAUAAAACUGAUACGAAACAGUCUCCGGAUGAGCUGUCCAAGCAAAUGCAAGAUUUACAGCACAUUCGUAAACGACUCGAGAGUCAGCUCGCAAAGAUUGACACAGAAUGCUGGAAGUACAAAGAUCAAGCAGAUAAGGCUAUUAAUGCAAUACAAAAGCUGACGGUUGAAAACGAAGAGUUGCAGGCGUCCAGAGAUAUAUUGAAACAAGAAAGGACUCUUCUUCAUAACAAGCUAUCGACACUUCAAGUUGAACAUCGGGAAACAGAUUUGAAAAUUAGGAAAGAACGCGAAGAAUGGGACAUCGAAAAACUACAAUAUUUGAAACAAUGCAAUGAAAGCAAUAAUGCUGAUCAAUUUAAAUACACUCAGGAGCUUGAGCGAUUAAAAAAAGAGAAGAAAAACCAAGAAUUCCAAGCCAAUGAAAUGGAAAUUAGAAUUGAGGAACUGGAAAAGAAAGUUUUUGAAAGAGAGCAGAGGAUUACUUCAGUUCAGGGGACUUUGCGACAAAUGGAAGAGGAUUGGGCAGCGGAAAGAAGGAGAUUAAAUGAAAACUUUGAGAAGGAGUUAAGACUUCGUGCGCAUGAAAACAAAAUUGAUAUGGAGGAAAAGGAACUGGAAGUUCGAUGCAAGAUUCGUGAGAUUGGAGAAUUAAAGGAGAAGAUGAAAGAUUAUGAAAAAGACAGCUCAAUACAAUUGAAACUAAUUCAAGAUCUAGAGCGAAUGCAGCAAGAAAACGAGGCAAAAUGGAAUAACGAGAGAAAAGAAUUGAUUAAUCAAACCCGAAAAACGGACACGGAGAAGGUGAAAAGUCGUCAGGCCGAAGUAGUAAGCGAUGGUGCGCGAAAAGCUUCUGGUAGCAAGUCGCGCCAAGUCGCAUGGGAAAGUGAACGCUCUAAGCUGGUUGCUGAUAUAAAAUCUCUCUCAUCUACGUUAUCUAACAAAGAAGAAUCUUGGAAGGCAGAGAGAGUGAAAUACUUAAGUGACAUCAAAGAUCUAAGACUUAAACUUCGGACUAUUGAAGAUAUAUCAGAGCAACGAAAUACAGAACUUUGUGCAAAACUCGAAGCAGCAACAGAAAUGUCUCAGUCAUUAAAAGCAAAUGAAAACUCGUUUAAGGACGAGCGUCAGCGCCUUAUGAAGCAGAUUGAACAAAAAGACAACUUAAUUGAAGAGGUGAACAAAACGGCAGACACUUUACGUGCAACACUAGAUUCUCAACGUGAGGAGCUGGACAAUACCAAAAUCGAAAUCUUGGAGAAACAUCAAAGAGAAGAGAAAUUACUUCGAACUGAAGCGGCCGCCCAUAAGUUUCGACUUGAGAGUGAAACUAAAUUAUUUAGGGAAGAGAGCAAAUACUUGGAAGAUCAGAUGCAGUACGAAAUAAGGCAGCGAGCAUUUUACGAAACGACUUCAUUGGAAUCUAAGCGAGAGGUGGGAUCCAUUAAAAGCCAACUAGAGGUGUUGAAAGUCGAAUUAGCGACGACAAAGGCCGAUUAUGAACGAGAAGCUCUGAUAGCUAAAAGGAGCAAGCAGUUAUUGGAAGAAAUUCAGCGAGAGAAGCGAGAAGUACAUGGUCAGCUAACUGCGGAAACACAACGAGCAGAAAUUUUGCAGAAACAUUAUGUCGACGAUAAAGCUGGGUGGGAUAUCAUGCGCAAUGAACUUCAGUCAAAAAUUCACAGGCUGGAACAACAAGGAAAGAAAAAAUUAAAACACGAUGAACUUGAAGCAAGGUUGAAAGGGGCAUGGGAUAAAGAGCGAAUUGAGCAUCGUCGUGUCAUCUCGGACCUCCACAACAAAACCAUCGAGCUACGUCGUCAAGUUGAAAAUAGUGCGGUGAAGUGGCACCGAGAAAGAGCUGCACUUCAAGAGAACUUCGGGAGGGAACGAAAAAUUCUCGAAGAUGACCGCCAGAAAGCUGAGAGUCGAAUAAGUGAGCUUCUACGGAAAUACACGGUGAUGGAAGAAUCUUACCAGAGAACGUCUGAAAUGGAGGCUAGGUUACUACAGGAACGUGAUUUAUGGACAGUUGAAAGAUAUGAUCUACAAAAACGUUUGCAGGAAAACAUAACUUCACGAAGACUUGAGCUAAGCAGAAUUGAGGCCCUGUUUGCUGAGAUGCGAAGGAUACGAUCUGGAGCUGGACUAAAAUCCCCAACAACAGAUUGUGGGUCAACGAUUACUAGUCCAAUGUCGGUGCACCAAGAUUUGAUAACAAAUGGAACGAUCGUUACAACGAACACCAAUGAAACCAAAGUGAAAAACUCUGCUUCGCAUGCACGUAGCAAAAGUGUUGAACGAGCCCCCUCGAUAGGGGGCGCUAACAGACAAAGCAAAAGCAUGGGACGAUCCUAUGAUAAGGUUUCUCCUUCUAACUAUUGUAUAGAGAUAUCCCUUGCCUUGGAGCAGUUAGCUCAAGUGAAACUGGACCUGACAAGUUUUGAGGGUCAGCUUCGGGAUGAAUUUGCGGCUAGAUUGAAAAGAGCACGGUCACAACCCGAUGUACUAGAUUCGAUGGUACGCGAGCCGAUGUCAUCUCCUUUCAAGUCAUCCAGUCUUGGGCGGCCCUCCAGUCGGAGUUCUGACGGACAGCGCUGCAUGCGGAGCAGAUCAACCGAACGCCCGGUGGCAGAGUGGGUGUGUAAGAAUGAGGACAUUCCAAGAAGACGACGAAAUAGACCGGUCCUUACUUCGCCAGGUCGAUUUACUGUAAAAGGUAUGCUUCGGGAAACCGACAGGAAAUCACCAUCACUGGCGAUGGAUGAUCCGAGAUACCUGGGAGGCAUGAUGGAAGAUAGUUUUGUGCGGACAGUCAGGAAAGCACUGGAGCAGAACCAAAGCCCGUCCCGGACUACCCCUCCACUGGGUAAAACCAGAAACCGGAGUAGCUGCAGAGGCCAAUACUCUGACUCUGAAAUCACCGGUGGAGGUGGUAGUGAUAGUGAUUCAGAAAGAAGGUUUACAGAUCCAGAGAAUGGCUAUUCGAGACCCUCGAGAACUUUAGAACGUCCAUCUAGGUUUGGAUCUGGUUCAGGUCUACUUGGACAAGAUAUAAGGAAACGCAGUAUAACUAGUCCGCAGGGCUCUUCAUCACCAGGUUUGUCUCCAAUGCGGUCUGAGUCUAGACUCCCAAGCACACCGCCUAGUUUUCUAAUCCCUAAAAAGCAAAGUAUAGGAUCUUCGUCUGGUACAAUGUCACCAUCUCAGUCAGGAAUGUGCCUUAUACCCGGUCUGCUACCGAAGACGAAAAGCCAAAUGCAAGCGCGAGAACAGGAACGGUUACAUUCACCAAACACUCCGACAGGUAACGGAUUUAAAAGCUUCAUUGGUAGACAGUCACCUCGAGACGAUAGCAGAACUAGUUCGCCAAAGUCAAGCCAAUCAUCAGCACAUUCAUCUCCUCACAAGGUAUCCGGAAAUGUUUAUACGCCGCAACAUCAGAAAACGGAAUCAGCUCAGAGAAUAUCUAGUGUAACAACUUCAACUAGAUCAGAAACUACCACAACUGUUACAUCUCAAUCUAAAACCUCAGUAACUACACUACCAAAUAAGAGCAAAACAAAAAUUGAUGUCCGUGUGAAGCCAGUUCAGAGGCGAACCGUGCCAAUUGCUUCGGAGGAGGGGUUCGACAGCGGAAGUGAAAAAUCGCCGGCUCCAAUGCAGACGAAAGAAUCUCCUCUAACAAAAUUUUCUAAUACGACAGCAUCUUCAAAGUCUACAGCUAAGUCUAAGCUGAACAUGCAGCUGGUACCAUCGCUGACGUCAAGGUUCGCUAAACCAUUACCAGCCAAUCGGCGACCACCUUCUCGGUGGCUACGGCAACGCACACGUGAUGAUGUAUGUAGUGAUUCUGAGAUCACAGACGGGUUCUCAUCUCGCAACCGAAAAAAUGGCAACGGAUCGAAUUCUAGGAACGAGAACAGAAACGUGGUCGAACAGUUCCAGUACCCAGUGUUAAACAAAGACGAACGUGCUUUAAGGUUAUUCUAUAAACAGCGCCAUAGCUGUGAAACUCAGGUCUAGAUCAAUAUUGUUAUUAUUAUUAUUAUUGUUAUUUAGUUUUGUCUAAAUACCGUAUUUAUUCAAAUAAACGCCAAUAGUUCCUUCUAAAACAAAUGCCAUUGGUCGGAUUGCUCAAAUUUUUAUUCAAAUGGUAUCCAUUUUACACCAACAAAAAUAAACGGCUACCCUUCAAAUCCAGUCUAUUUAAAUAAUUACGGCAGUUUGAAGUCACGUAUUGAUUCGAUUGGUGCAAUCACCUCUCAAAUGCAAACUGUGCCUGAACGAUUAUUACUGUCUCGAGCAGCCAGGCCUAAGCCUCAUAUUCAGUGAAUCUAGUAUAAUUUUGUAACUUAUAGUCAUAUAGGUAUUUAUUGCACCUGACUUUACAUUUGUUAUUUAUGUUAUAUUUUGAAUUCAGUAAGCCCUCUGGUAGUUGCAAUUGAGCAAUUUUAAAAGUUCAAUGAGGCAUAUACAACAGGCCUGCCGUCUCCAGUUUUACAUAGUGUUUUAUUACGGUAGAAUAACAUUGAAGAUUGUUAGUGCUCGGGUACUACAGUGUUCCAUGUGAAGAUAUAGACCAGAUUGCCGAUUUCAGACUGCCGAAAUUCGAAUUAACAAUCUCAAUUCACAUUAGAAACUACGAGACCCUGCAUAUUAGAAAUUACACCUAACGAAUACAAGAUGAAAGUGUCCCUUAACGUUAUGUAUUAUGUAGGCCAUUAUUACAUAAACCACAUUUUAAACCUGAUUUUAAGUGUAACGUUAUAUAUACAUUGUUGAAGUUAUAAGAACUUUAAGUGCCUUUGGGAGGUGAUACUUAACGUGUUUUAUUGUUGUUUUAUUGGUUUCUUGUUUGUUAAGGAUACUGGAAUUGUACAGCAUUAGUCGAAAUCACCUUCACGAGCGCGUCAUUAAAAUGACACCAAAGCGAAGAAUCGUAACCCGCUGGACAGGACUACUACUACAUUCAUUAAUAUUUUUAAGUGACUUUUGACAACUAAAACCAUAUUAAACUCAUUCUGAAUUGCAUGUGGUUGACCAAAAAUACUGCAAAUAGUGUAUUCCCUUUGUCGUGCAUUUUCAGAGUUGGGUUACUUUACCAAUGUAGGCCGCUUCAGAAAAGUAUACACCAGAGCAUCGACAGGUUCCUUUACUCCGGUGACCCUUAAGUAUUAUGACUAACAUGGUGCAAAUAAACAUUAAACGUAAUCUGUUUUAUUAUGUUAUCGAUUCAGAUUUAACGUUGACUCAGAAGUGCCUGGGUUAAUCAGCGGGUUGAUAGUGUAGAACUAUGCAAAGUACCUCUAGGCUUCCGUAGACGAUAACCGUUUAGAGAAGACGGAAGUUCGCGAUGCGAACCGAUCUCACAACGAUUCUUUUUUAAAUAUUACCAUAAAUAUGAAUUUUAUUUUGAAUAUUAUGAUGUAAAAUCUAAGUUAGGAAGAUGUUUUAACCUGUGUUAUUUUGUUGCAGUGACUUCUUGGUGUUUUCCUAGUUAUUUUAUACCAUAUCUACCGCGCAUUCGCAGUCAGAACAUACAACACUUACCGGUAUCGUGUUUUUUUUUUUUAAAGUUUGUAAUGAAAUAUGAUUAUUUUAAUUUUUUUUUAAUGAAAAAAAUAACUUAACAAUGUAUGUAUAUAAUCAUAAUUCAUAAUUCUCUAAAUACGGUAGCUUAUUAAAGUAAGGGAUAUUAUGCAUAAUAGAAGGAAAUUCUAUUCCUAUUAUUAUUACAGUGUUAUUAUUAAUAUAUUGUUCUAAUUAUUAUUAUUAUUAUUAAUAAUAAUAUAUUGUUCUAAUUAUUAUUAUUAUUAUUAAUAAUAAUAUAUUGUUCUAAUUAUUAUGAUUAUUGUACUUACUGUGGCUGUUUAUUCUUAUUAUUACAGUAUGUAUGACUUAUUUCCAGGAUGUUGACUAAUCGAGUUGGCUUUAAUUAAUGAAAUAGGCCUAUGAUUAUUUUAAUUUUUUUUAAUGAAGAAAAAUAACUUAACAAUGUAUGUAUAUAAUCAUAAUUCUCUAAAUACGGUAGCUUAUAAGAGUAAGGGAUAUUAUGCAUAAUAGAGAUAAAUUAUAUUCCUAUUAUUAUUACAGUAUUAUUAUUAUUAUUAUUAUUAUUAUUAUUAUUAAUAUAUUGUCCUAAUGAUUAUGAUUAUUGUACU